ACAGAUUUUUAACGACCAAACGUCGGCAGAGAUUUACGACGCAGCAAGAACCGCAUUCCUCCUGAGUCUCUCUUACAGCACUACUUCGGCAGCCACAACGCUACAAAUCGCGUUUGCAUCGCAAAGUCUAUUAGCGCGCCAGAAAACCACCUGUCACAGCCCAGCGCACAACGCCUCAGAACGUACGUCGCAGCAACCACGACCACCAAACAGCCGUCGCAGCGGCAAGUAACACGCCGUCAAAACCGCAAAUGUCGUGGCCCGCCGGCUGGACCUCGUCGCCACCGAUCGCGCGCGGUCUCAUCGCAAAGACGUCCUGCCGCAACUACUCGCUCGGCGACGCCUGGCGCACGGGCAGUACCCCGCGCUGGCUGGACAGCGCCGUCGCGGAAGCCCUAGCCGUACGCAACGGCACGUCGGUCGCCCGCGUCGCCACCAUCGCCGCGCCGGCCGCGGCGGCGGCCAAGCCGCCGCCGCCGCCGACGACGCCGCAAAAAGACAUUGACCUCGAGGUCUCGUCGUCGCCGCGGGCGUCCGCGUUCAAGCGCAUCUUCUGCGCGAAGGCGCCCAAGUGCGUGAUCGCGUGAUGGAGGUCGAGCUCCCGCCGCGCGACCGCCCGCGGCCGGCCUCGCCGGUCCCGGAGGAUUCAAGCUGCGCCUAUGAGCUGACGCCGCCGGAGGACCCGCUGCCCUUCGAGGCUGGAGUACGGCAGCGCCUGGAGUACGCGCAGUCGUACCGCUCCGUACACCUGCGCGCGGCCGCGUCGCUCCACUGCUCGGUCGUCGCGUGGUGCGGCCUCUGGGAUUUGGUGUCGUACUGUGGCCUCGCGGCGGUCUGGCGCGAGAGCGUCUCGCGCAACGUCUUCCUGAUCAUGGUAGGUGGGUUCUUUCAAUGGUACCUCGACGUCCUGCACUCGAAUGGCUUGAUCCCUGGCAGCGGCGACGGUGGGGGCUUCCCUGACAAAAGUUGGCGGCGCGCGCUUGGGUCGUUUGCGUCUCAGACGAUGUGCACCGCCGGUUUGUAUAAUUUGCUGGACGAUCGCCUACCGCGAACGGCCGCGCGGGAUGCUUAUCUGGCACUUCUAGGCCUCGUCGUCGCGGCCGUCAUCGACACGCUCUUCGCAUAUUGCGAGAUGCGCGCGCGCCGGGAUAGCGCCUACGCGCGCGCCGCCGCCGCCGAGACUUGCGAGCUUGGCACCGCGCCGAUUCGCUCGACGCGGCGGGGCGAGUGGGACUUGAGAUUGGGCGGGCGCGAGCCGCGGCCGAGACUGGUGCUCGCCAUAGCCCUCGUGAGCCACGUCGCCCAGGUGUGCAUCUGGAUCGGCUUCGACAACCUCUGGAACUACUGGCCCUACUCCGGCAGCGACCUCGACGACCACGUGGACUGCUUCUGGCAAUGCCGCUUGGGCAAGCGCGAGUGGUACGACCAGCUGCCCGCCGUCGCGAUCGGGUUGCUGCUGAUGCUGUUCACGGGAACGCUUCUGAUGUUCGGCUUCGCGGUGGACCGAUUGGACCCGGACGCGUUUCCCCACGUGCGCGCUUGGCUGGAACCGCCUAGCGGCGCGCCAUCAAUGGCGAAGCUGUCGCUGGCGUUCCUCCGCUCCGUCGUAGCGAUGGGCGCGUACUACGCGCACCUCUCCGCGUUCUGGUACCUCGUCGACGAGGACUGCGCCGGCGUCGUCGGUGGGCCGGACUCGGACGCACGGAACUUGGCCUACGUCGUUCUAGGCUUGGCGGCGCUCUACUCGACGGGGUGCUUCUGGAACGAUACUAUGUAGUAAGAUUCUUUCUGGG